CUUCCGAUGUUGAAAUUCCAUUUGUGUUCGAAAGAAAUUUUUGGAUGAGAAAUGUGAUGUUGUUCCAACCUACUACUUGAUUUUCAGAAAGGAACUUUUGCUCCCUAAAGAAGAUUUCUCGGCCGUCACGUAUAACGAAAAACAAUGCAUGACGAUGAACGAGCGCAACCUACGAACAAACAGACCACCCCAGAGCUGUCACCGCGAUCAAUCCCCAAAGACUCUGUCAUGAGCAAAAACGAAAAGGAUAAUAAACACGCAAUAUACAACCCAUUCGCGGCGGUUGAAGAUAACUCACCGGAAUCAUUGUAUUACGCAUCGCCGCAAUAUCCAUCGGCUCAAAAAAUGGACCAGAGCAAAGAUAUCAAGUUUGGGAAUGUGGACUGGACAAUCCAAAAACCUGAUCCCACAAGACCAAGAGCAACAUCGCAUGUGCAAGUAGUCAAGACGGUGAAGUCGAUAUCGCCAAGGCAAUCUGUAUCAAAGCCGCCGUUUUAUCGGCCUAGCGAUUCUCCCAGCCAUUCUCCCCCACUCGCUUCAGAACCUCACAAGUCUCCAGGAUUAGGUAUCAAGCUCGGCCAGCAGAAUAACUGGGUAAGACUUUUUGACCCUCCUGACAGACGAAGGCUUGACUGACACUUACAGUCACCCAUCGACGAGAAAGACCACAGUGGAGUCACUACACCGCCCCUAACAUACUAUACACCAUAUCGAGAAGAGAACUUCCGGACUCACUUGGAUGAAAAACACCCCUCCUGGGAGCCAACCCAGGCACCUGGAUC